AUGUUAUUAAGUGAAAACCCAGAGAGAAUUUUAUCAGUGUUAGAAGUGUCGGAGUCCGAAGAAGCAGACUCUAACGCCGAUUCGGACGUCAACGUUGAAGACCACUCAUUUGAACGCAGUAAUAACAGUGAAAGUGAACAAGAUGCUAGUGAUACGAAUAUGGAAUCGGAUUCAUCGUUGAAUCUCAAUAUUAUCUAUAUAAUAUAUUAG